CUUCACUGGCGUCAUUCACUCCCCACCCUAUCUCUGCCUUCAAUCUACCGAGAAGUCAAUUUCCCUUUCAACGACUCUGAGACUAUCGAGUUAUCGCAACAAACAGAGGCUUCACCCAGCCUCCAACGGGUGAACUGUCGAUCAGAGGCAAUUAGCGAGACCGUCCGACUUCGUUCGGGCGUUGACAGGCAACACAGAAAUAGGGACUGCAAAAGGGUCUGUGGAAACAGCCUCUAUCAUUCCUGUAUCGAACCUCAGGUUCAGCAGAAUCGGUACCCUGAGCACCCGAUGUCGAGCUCGCAUGCUCUGUCAUUGUCGGAUUCCCGUCACUCGCUCGGUAUGUUUUUUUUGGCUCCGAUAUCCUAUUGA